AUGUCUUUCCUCCAGGAUCCCAGUUUCUUCAGCAUGGGAAUGUGGUCCAUUGGUGCAGGGGCCAUUGGAGCCGCUGCCUUGGCGCUGCUUCUGGCCAACACAGACAUGUUUCUGGCCAAGCCCCAUAAAGCAGCAUUGGAGUAUCUGGAGGACAUAGACCUGAAGACACUGGAGAAGGAUGCAGGCAUUCUUCUAGAGCACCGAGAAAAGGAAUUUGGAGACAAAGGAAACCUGACUUCUGUUCUGGAAGCUGCUAGGAAGAUCAGACCACAGACUUCAGCCUCAGAGGAAAAAUGA